GAGGCAGCAAGCUUUCCCUCCUUUCCCCCGCUUCCUCUCAGCCGAGCGUCUCAUGCCUUCCUGGCCGCAGCGGGGGGCGGCGGCGGGAGCCCCGCGGGAGGAGCCGUGGGUGGCGCUCCUCUGAUGCCCCUGGCCGAGAAGCGGGAGAAGAGCUGCUCCUUCACGCCCAUGAUGAUCGAGGAGGACGCCGCCCUGAGAAACGGCAGCAGGGGGCUUUCGGGCCAGUGGGCAGACGCAGCGGCGGUGCGACCCCGCACCACGGAGCGGCACAUCACGGUGCACAAGCGCCUGGUGCUGGGCUUCGCCGUCUCCAUCCUAGCCCUGCUGCUGGUCACCAUGAUCGCCGUCUUGCUCAGCGUGCGCAUCGAGGAGUGCAGCAGCAGCAGCAGCCCCGGCAGCGGCGGCGACGCCGCGGCGGACGGCCCAGCAGGCAGGACUGGCAACGGGAGCGUCUCGGGCGCUGUUGGGAGCGCCCGGCUGAACCGUAACCACGCCGGGGAGGCCCCUGGGCGCGGAGGGGUGGAACCGGAGGGCCCGGCGGCGAGUGGCAGGCAGGACGAGGAAGAGGAGGAGGAGGAGUGGCAGCGGCGACGGGAGCCUCCGCCCUGGUCUCAGCUGCGCCUGCCCGGGCACCUGCGCCCCCUGCACUACAACCUGAUGCUGAGCGCCUUCAUGGAGAACUUCACCUUCGGCGGCGAGGUCAACGUGCAGGUGGAGUGUCUCAACGCCACCCGCUACAUCGUCCUCCACGCCCACCGCAUGCACAUCGAGGCCGUCCGCGUGGCCGAGGACCGGCUGGCCGGCGCCCUGCGUGUCUCCAGCUUCUUUCUCUACCCUCAGACCCAGGUCUUCGUCGUCGUCCUCAACCGCAGCCUGGAGGCGCUGCGAAGUUACAAUCUCAAGAUCCUCUACAACGCGCCCAUCGAGAACGAGCUGCUGGGCUUCUUCCGAAGCUCUUAUGUCCUCUACGGGGAGAGAAGGUUUCUUGCAGUUACACAGUUUUCUCCUACCCAUGCCAGAAAAGCCUUUCCUUGCUUUGACGAACCUAUCUACAAGGCUACAUUCAAAAUCAGCAUCAAACAUCAAGCAACCUAUUUAUCUUUGUCCAAUAUGCCUGUGGAAACUUCUGUUUUUGAGGAAGAUGGAUGGGUUACAGACCACUUUUCACAGACACCCCUCAUGUCUACGUAUUACCUAGCCUGGGCAGUUUGCAACUUUACAUACCGUGAGACUACCACUAAGAAUGGUGUUAUAAUACGUUUGUAUGCAAGAUCUGAUGCUAUUAGAAGAGGAUCUGGGGACUAUGCUCUAAACAUUACUCGGAGACUAAUUGAGUUUUAUGAAGACUACUUCAAAGUACCAUAUUCCCUUCCAAAAUUAGAUCUAUUAGCUGUGCCUAAACAUCCCUAUGCUGCUAUGGAGAACUGGGGAUUAAGUGUUUUUGUGGAGCAGAGAAUACUUCUGGAUCCCAGCAUUUCUUCCAUAUCAUACUUACUUGAUGUCACAAUGGUCAUUGUACAUGAGCUAUGCCAUCAGUGGUUCGGUGACCUUGUGACUCCAGUGUGGUGGGAAGACGUGUGGCUGAAAGAAGGCUUUGCUCACUAUUUUGAAUUUGUUGGAACUGAUUAUCUUUAUCCUGGCUGGAAUAUGGAGAAGCAGAGAUUUUUGACUGAUGUAUUGCAUGAAGUAAUGCUGCUUGAUGGUCUGGCCAGUUCACAUCCAGUAUCACAGGAAGUGCAGCAAGCCACAGACAUUGACAGGGUAUUUGACUGGAUUGCCUAUAAAAAGGGUGCAGCCUUAAUUCGAAUGCUGGCUAAUUUUAUGGGUCACUCAGUGUUUCAGAUGGGCCUACAAGAUUAUUUAACCAUUCACAAGUAUGGCAAUGCUGCCAGAAAGGACCUAUGGAACACACUGUCAGAGGCCCUUAAGAAAGUUGGAAAAUUUGUGAAUAUACAAGAAGUAAUGGAUCAAUGGACACUCCAGAUGGGUUAUCCUGUUAUCACCAUCAUGGGAAAUGAAACUGUGGAAAACAUCGUAAGAAUCUCUCAAGAGCAUUUUAUUUAUGACCUUGAUAUUAAAGCCAAAGAUCGUGGUCUUGAAAACUACAGCUACUUGUGGCAGAUUCCAUUAACAAUUGCAGUGGGAAAUACGAGCCACAUCUCAUCAGAGGCAAUUAUAUGGGUGUCUAACAAAUCAGAGCACCACAGGAUUGCUUCUCUUGAUGAGAGGAGCUGGCUACUGGGGAAUAUCAAUCAAACUGGCUAUUUUAGGAUUAAUUAUGAUGUUAGAAAUUGGCGAUUGUUAAUAGACCAACUAAUGAGGAACCAUAAAGUAAUCUCUGUAAGUAAUCGUGCAGGUUUGAUCGAUGAUGCAUUCAAUUUAGCCAGAGCUGGCUAUUUGCCUCAGAAUAUUCCACUGGAGAUUAUAAAAUACCUAUCUAAGGAAAAGGAAUUUCUGCCUUGGCAUGCUGCCAGCCAAGCUCUUUAUCCUCUAGAUAAAUUGCUGGACCGCACUGAAAACUACAACAUCUUCAAUGAAUAUAUACUAAGACAAGUUGCCUCAACGUAUCUGAAGCUUGGUUGGCCAACGAAUAAUGUGGACAAAUCCUUCGUUCAAGCUUCCUACCAAGCUUCCUACCAGCAUGAAGAGUUACGCCGUGAAGUCAUUAUGCUGGCUUGUAGCUUUGGCAAUAAGCACUGCCACCAGCAGGCUGCAACUCUAAUCUCAGACUGGAUUUCCAGCAAUCGAAACAGAAUACCAUUAAAUGUAAGAGACAUCGUCUACUGCACAGGAGUUUCUUUGAUGGAUGAAGAUGUAUGGGAGUUCAUCUGGAUGAAAUUCCACUCUACAAUUGCAGUAUCAGAGAAGAAAAUAUUGUUAGAAGCCUUAACAUGUAGUGAUGACAGAAAUUUGUUAAACAGGCUUCUUAAUCUAUCUCUCAAUUCAGAAGUUGUCUUGGACCAAGAUGCAAUUGAUGUCAUAAUCCAUGUAGCUAGAAAUCCACAUGGAAGAGAUCUUGCGUGGAAGUUUUUUAGAGAAAAAUGGAAAAUAUUGAAUGCAAGAUAUGGAGAAGCAUUAUUUAUGAAUUCCAAACUUAUCAGUGGAGUCACAGAAUUUCUUAAUACAGACAGUGAACUAAAUGAGCUAAAGAACUUUAUAAAGACCUAUGAGGAAGGAUCUGCUGCCUCUUUCUCCCGAGCUGUGGAAACUGUGGAAGCCAAUGUCCGGUGGCAAACACUUUAUAAAGAGGAAUUAUUUCAGUGGCUGAGAAAAUCAUUGACCCUCUAAUCAGUGUAUCUGGCAAAGACUUCAUGCAAGAGGAGAAUCACAAUGUGAAAUUCCAAGAACCUUUGAUUGGAAUACAGUGGAGACAAGUUCCAUUUGGAAGGAUAUAUAGAUAUAGAUAUAUUAUAUUUUUGCACCAAUCUCCUCAAAACUGUAAAAGCCAAUGGAAGGGGAAAAAACUCUGACAAAGAGAAAAGGUCAUGAAUGCUUACAAAACCCACUCCUCGCUGUACCAUGACCAAAUGUGAUAUUAAGUGGUGCAUGUAAAUGUUUCUGUCAUUUGGUGGGGAGGGAGAUCCUUCAGAAUAUUUGUGCAUGUUGUAUGGUCCCUGCCUGUAUCCAGCAUGCUUACUUAAAGUGUCCAUGUUUUGUAUGUGAAUUUCUGUUACAUCAAAGAUGGGCAUUAUGCAAAAGCACAAAGACUAUGACAAUCAGUGUUUCAAAGACAAGGUAGGACAGAAAGAAGGAAGUGAAAGCUACAUACAUGCAACAUGUGGCAAAGUGUUACCUGUACAUGUCACAGGACAUGUAUGACAGCACUCCAUUUGUAUCUCAGUUACUGCUGAAGCACUAACUCUGAGUUGCAAAGUAUCAUAUAACUUUCUUAUCAUAUAAGUACUCCCUUAUGUAAGUCAAAGAUCCAUACUUUGAAAGACAGAUUACUUUCACAAUGAGCUGUAAUUUCAAAAGAGAAUGUUAUUUACUGUUGAUCGCCUAAUAACAAAGAAGCUCUCUAAUCAUAAGCUUAGACAGUCUUCAAGAUGGUAGGAUAUGCACAUUUUUUAUUGUAUUGAAUCCAUAAAUUACCCAUCUGUGUGAUUUUUCUUCUAUGUGAACUCUGCAAGUCAAAUUCAGUAGGUGUUACUCAGCCAGGAUAGUAGCAAGUUAUGCAGCUAUUGAUGAACAUUGUCAUAAAUACUCAUCAACACGGAAGGAGGACUGACAAAAGAAGAAAAGGUAUCUGUGGAGAUGCAUUAUGGAAUAGUCUAAACUGUAAUGGGCAGGUAAUGCUGUUUUCCCCUAUCAUCCUGUCAGUAUGAGUCCUCUCU